AUGGCUAACACCGUAGCUGACUUCUGGCGCAUGCUUUGGAUUCAUGAAUGUUCAAUCGUGGCAAUGCUAGUAAAACAACCUAACGAACAAGGCGAACGUUUCUUCGAGUAUUGGCCAAGUCCAGGAUAUCCAGAAAACUAUAAUGGGUUAAACGUCGAUUUUGUAUCAGAAUUUGACAUGGGGCAUUACUGGCUACGCGAAUUUAAAGUGACUGACGAAGCGCAUCACUCAAGGACCAUUCGUCAGUUUCAGUUCAUUGAUUGGGCUGUCGAUUGUCAUGGAAGAGCGAUUGGGGAUGUACCCCUAAACUCUGAAAGAUUUGUUGAUUUUGUACGUCAACUGCAUCAAACAAAACAACAGUUUGGUUCGGUCGGUCCUAUCUGCGUUCAUUGCCUGGAUGGGGCAGGGCGGACAGGGACUUUCAUUGCUGUCUCUUUGAUUGUUUGCAGGGCUCAACUUGAACAUGUUGUUGACCUCUUCACAACUGUAAAACUUUUAAGAAUGCAAAGGCCAAAUAUGGUAGAAACUAGGGAACAGUAUGAAUUUUGUUAUAGAGCAGCAAUUGACUUUCUCUCCUCUUGGGAGGAAGGAUGUUGA